AUGUCUUCCUUAGGGGAUCGUGGCCACAAUUUCAGGGCCAUUGGCGCCCCAAGGCUGGCGCUCUUUAAAUCGAACAAGCUUCUAUCUCCCGCACGUCGCAUGUGCGCGGACUUAAACUCCUUACAGACCUCUUGGGGUAGCUAUGUGCCUUGCCCAUGGCUCCCCCUGGAGGCUCCCCCUAAUAAAGUGGUGUCACGCAUCGUGCCACUGAGCGUGGCGCUCCUGGUGGGAUGGGCGAUUUAUAAAAGCAGCCCCGGCGCCACGUUCACCGACAUGGGUAUGGACGACGCCAGGAGCAGCCUUAAGUCCAAGCUGGUCCAGCUCUGCUCCUAUCCCGGCUCUCUUCCUCUCCUCCUGGGUACCUUCAUCCCAUUUUAUCACCAAACAAACACAACCCACACAUGUAGUGAAUUUCUCCCCCCAGGUGCACCAGGCAGAGCGGUGCUGCCAACACCAGGCAACACCGCGGCUUUCCGUGCUGCUCUGUGGACCAACCUGGAGAAACUGAUGGACCAGAUAUGCGCUGCGUGCAGACAGGUGCAACAUCUGCAGAAGGUCCUGAUGAAGAAGAGAGACCCUGUCACUCACGUGUGCUUCAUCGAUGAGAUUAUCAAGGAUGGUCAGCCUGAUAUCCUCUACACCUUCUGGAAUGACGUAACCAACACACUUAGUGAAGAGUUUCACAGAGCAACUGAAGCCUCGUCCUUCCUGAAGCAGGCGUUUGAAGGAGAGUAUCCAAAGCUGUUGCGACUGUACAAUGAGCUAUGGCGCCGCCUGCAGCAGUACAGCGCCAGCCUGCAGGGGGCGCUAACAAGCGGUGGAGGGAUGGACGCAUCUCUGGACAUCACGCCCACUGAGGCAGACAGUCAGGACCUCUUCACACACGGCAAACAGGACUACAAGUGAGCAGACACAAAGACAGCAAC